GCUGCGCCUUCAAUAUUGCCUCCACCCCUCCAAGUUCCUAUCAUCGCUCAUCUAUGUUUGGCUUGUUAAAAGAAAUUAUCGACGACGCUCUUGGAGCCGCUUGUAUUUAUUUAAACGUUUCUCCCUUCACGAACCCUUCCUUCACUACACCCCCUUCCUCUUUCAACAUGCCUACUAGGGCGCUCGAAAACCUUUCCCACACCUACCAGCCGCAUGCCCAACCGGAUGAGCCUUCCGAACUGGACCCCGGCUAUGCUCCGGCCCAAGUGCUAAAAACAAAGAAGUUGUUGCGGAGCCGGGGUCUUCCAUUGGAGGUGAUAGACGCAAUCCUUGAUUUUGCUGAAUAUUGGCCAGUCGUAAGUACGAUUGCUCGAUAUGCUUCGGAGAAAAUUGCGCAGUCAUCCUAUGAAAACAGCAAUCUGGCCUCUCUGUUGUACUUGCGUACACAACCUCUACCUGGCGAGUUUAGGCCCGAGCCGGCAACUGGGGGUGAAAUCGGCGAAGAUCCUACGACUGGAUGUUUUAUUGGGCAUUAUCAGGCUCGUGGCCAACACCCAGUCCGCAAGUUGAUUUUUAAGACCGUCAGUAGAGACCAAGGGUGGACUUCCAACGAAGGUCAAGGUACUUAUAAAGGCUCCUGGUCCUGGUUCGAGGUUCACGCGGAACGUCCAAAAUCGAUCGAAACCCUUAGCUCAGCAGACCUUGAACCGCUACUGGAUGCAGUGGUAGUGACAAAAACCUCCGACUAUAACAACUCCCCCUGGAAGCGGGUCUCUGCUACCAAAAUGGGUGAGGUAAACGACAAUGGAACUUCUGGAAGCUUAGCAUCUAGCUCUGAGGAAAAGAACACCUGGAACCUGCAGAGAAAUGUACAUGCUGGGCAAGAUUGGAAGACACAUUUGGUUGUUUGGAAACAUGACGGUCCUGAUUCAGGCCCCAUCGAUGAAAACACAGGGGCCGGAGCGGGAGCAGAUCUCGUUCGCUGUUUGAAACCGGGUGAUAGGAUUAAUCUGGUCGCUAGGGCGCAGUUUCCUGGCUGGCGGAACAGUGUCCGCAGUGCGGAAGUCCACGUUUACUACGCGGUCUGACCGCACAGAGCUCCUUUGGUUUCCCUUUGGGGUUCGGAAACACAGCCCAAAAGAACGAAACUUCAUUCCCUCCCAUUUGUUAAAUUAUGGAAUUUACAAGUAUUAAGCAGUC